ACACUCCCGCACGCACACACACACACGUACACAUAGUCGCGGAAUCACGUUUGCGCUUGGUCUUUUAUCUCCACAGAAUCGGAUAUUCCGUGUGCACUGUUCUAUUGUGCAGCCCAAAAGCCCUGCCUCAUUUGCGUCCAAGUAGUGCUUCGGUGCGGUGCGGUUCGUCCUGAAUUCGCAACAGUUUGUGCGGUAACGUCUCGUCGUCUUUGCCGAUUAAAAUCCUCCACCGGAUCUCUCACACGGUUCCUGGCUGGCUGGCUUGUAGUUCCCCGCGCGGUGUUGUUCAGUGUUCUCUGUGCGGAUCCGAAUUCGGUUAGCGUUUUGUCGUUCCGGAAACCAACGAUUAUCGGGCUGGAAGCUGAAAAAAAUUUGCUGGAGCAACAGACAGCAGAAUUUUUUUUGCUGCUGUGAGGGUGUGUGAAGGAACGAGAAGAAGAAGAAGCAGAGCCCAGUCGAACCUCGCGGUAGUGUUGUGUUGUGUGUUCGUUUCCGCCGUGGUUGAUGUGUGCCAAGUGGUGGUGUAGGUGGUGAUAAAGGCAAGAGUAAAUAGAACCGAGCUAAAUAGCAGAAAUAAAAACAACAGCCGUGCGCUAGAACAGUGAGUGUGUGUGAGUGUUCCGUUGUGGGGUGUCGCGUGUAGCAAGCAAAAAAAACAACAUUGUGCGAGAAUAGAAGAAAAAGCCGGAGAAAUAGUAUUCCACUACUUAAGCGAGUGUUGCGUUUGUUAUUGUUGUUUUUGAGCACGCCGAAAGGGAUGAUAAAGUGUCCAAAGCGGUGUGGAUAGUAAUAAGUGGAAAAACAAACCUGUUAGCUGCUACUAUCCGCUCGACAGCACAACACAGCACAGAAGUAAGCUAAGCGCAACCACCAGCUUUGGGUCGCAGAAAAUGGCGGAAGCCGCCGGUCAGAAUAACAACGCGAGCCAGGCAUCUGGCGGGGGCACCGGGGGAGCAAAUCCGAGUGCAAAUAAUAACGCCGUGGCCAACAGUAAUCCCAAUGCGGAGGUCAUUCGGGGCCAGUUGUUCGAGGUAGGGCCUCGCUACACCCAACUGGCCUACAUCGGCGAGGGAGCUUACGGAAUGGUUGUAUCUGCAGUGGACACCGUGGCAAAAACAAAAGUGGCCAUCAAAAAAAUAUCCCCCUUCGAGCACCAGACCUACUGUCAGAGAACGCUACGGGAAAUCAAAAUCCUCACCAGAUUCCGACACGAGAACAUUAUAGACAUAAGAGAUAUUCUACGGGUGCCUAGUAUAGAACAGAUGAAAGAUGUAUAUAUCGUUCAGUGCUUAAUGGAGACUGAUCUAUACAAACUGCUGAAAACACAGAGACUAAGUAACGACCAUAUCUGCUAUUUCCUGUACCAAAUACUGCGUGGACUCAAGUACAUCCACUCGGCGAACGUCCUGCACCGGGAUCUGAAGCCGAGCAAUCUGCUGCUGAACACGACGUGUGAUUUGAAGAUUUGUGAUUUUGGUCUUGCCCGAGUAGCUGAUCCAGAGCACGACCACACGGGAUUCCUGACGGAGUAUGUUGCCACCAGGUGGUAUCGAGCACCAGAGAUUAUGCUGAAUUCCAAGGGCUACACGAAGUCCAUCGACAUUUGGUCUGUGGGCUGCAUCCUGGCGGAGAUGCUCAGCAACCGGCCAAUCUUCCCCGGCAAACACUAUCUGGAUCAGCUGAAUCACAUCCUCGGAGUGCUCGGGUCGCCAUCACAGGAAGAUCUGGAGUGUAUAAUCAAUGAGAAGGCUCGCAGUUACCUGCAGUCGUUACAGUAUAAACCAAAGGUACCGUGGUCCCGGUUGUUCCCCAAUGCCGAUCCCAACGCACUGGAUCUACUUGGCAAGAUGCUGACGUUUAACCCGCACAAACGCAUCUCGGUGGAGGAGGCGCUGGCACAUCCAUACCUCGAGCAGUACUACGAUCCCGCCGAUGAGCCUGUGGCCGAAGAACCAUUCCGCAUCGCAAUGGAACUGGACGAUCUUCCCAAGGAAACUCUGAAGAGGUUAAUCUUCGAGGAAACGCUACGAUUCAACCACAAUGACAGUCAUCUGGAUAGCAUGUAAUUUCCUGGCUUCCUAUCCAUACAGCCGAAAGGCACUUUAUUGCAUCAACUGCUAGUAAUACUACUACCACUAAUACUACCACAACUAUUAUUGCGAUUACCACCAUUACCACCAAUACUGUAGCAGUGUCCCAAAGUUUUGUUUCCUGUGUCCCACUAUGGGAUGGAUAUUGUUUCCUUUCCGGUUAAUUUCUUCUAUUGAUUAUCGUUUCAUUGCAUCACUGCACCAGUCAAACACAGCAAUCCAUGGCUGGCGAUCCAAGUCGGGCCGAAAUCGAGUGUUAAUGAAUUUGUACAGAAUAACGAUCAAGUAGGCCAUGAAAUACCAUCCCCAAUUUUUUGUUCACUCAAUUGCUGUCCCUCAGAACAUCCGGUGGGAAAGAGUACGGAAUAGUCCACCAGAAUGGAAUAUGUUACUUUUUUUUACGUAAAACCGAAUAUCGCAGAUAAACUUCCGAUGAGUGUUAGUGUAAUGCGAUUUCGUUCAGUGUUACUAUUAUUUUAACUAAUUGAUACCGAGGAAACAAGCGUCGUUUUCCCUGCCAGUAUGUAGAAAAAAAGAGAAUGUUAAGAUUUAAAGUAAAUGAUACGUUUUGAUCAAACAAUUUCAUUGCAAUCCAGGAGAGAAGGUGUAUCGAAAUUAUUUAGGUUAGAGUUAUUCAGGCUACGUUUACUGUGUUUAAGAAAUACAUAGGCAAAAAUUUUAUUCUAGAUUCUACGAAAUGUAUAAAGUCAAAGAAAGUGAACACACAUCUUAUAUGGCAGAAUACUACGUAGAGAAGAUAUUCGAGAUUUACACCCCCAGCCUACUUGUUGACUGUUUAGGAAAAAAAAAUGUUUUGUAAGAUAUUCGAAGAGGGCAACACACGAAAAAUCCAAAUUAAUGCACUACUCUCGUAAAAUUCACCCCCGAUUUUGUUACAAAAACCAUCGCGUAUGAAUCAUUUCCUCGAAACAAACAAGCUUAUUUCUGAGUAGGUGUUUUCCAUUGUAAUUACCGGGAAUGACCGUUUGAUUCAAAACAAAACAAAAAAAAAAUAAAAGAAACCCAAGGAGUAUUGUUCUGGAAAGAACAGUGUAAAAGAGAAAAUUUCUGUCAAACUUCGCAAGAGCGACGGCAUCCAAAGCUAUGCUAAGGAAGUGUGGAACUGUUGUUAAUUAAUGUAAUUUUUAGACGUGUAAAUGUCGAAUAUGUAUGUAAGGUUUAUUCCCCACUGAUUACAUUGUUCAGCAGCAAUACGCACCAAUUGCAUCCUUCGCGUUUUUCCAGGGUUGAAAGCGAUUGAUUUUGAUUGACUCCGGAAUAUUUUUUUUUUUUAUAAUCCAAAUGUGUACAUAAUCAAUAUUGUUCAUAUGUUUUUGGUCACUUUCUACAUAAUUUAGCUCUACAAUUCAAACAAUGCAAUUUCCAGUUACAAUUCAACAAAUUAAUAGAAGUACUGGUAAGUUUCUUCGUUUUUGACGUAGUACUACGUCUUGCAUUAAAAGUGCCAAAUCAGAAAACAGGUCACGUUUUUAUGAAACAAAGCUAACGUUAAUAACAAUUUUGGCUGCGAACGGAUUUUAACGAUUUUCAUACCAAUCGAAUCGGAAAUUUUCUAAUUUGUUUGAUAUGCUAUACAUUACAAUCGCAUAGUCUGCAGCCGCUAGAAUAGAAACAACGAAGGGGAAUAGAGAAAAGAGAAUAUUUGCGAAGUAAACUCCACCCUUGCAUAGUAGGUAAGAUGUCGCUAGCGUAUGAGUAUCUCCUCUGAGGAAAAUUCUCAGUGUCCGAAACAACAAAGGUCGCUUAUUCUACUCGUUUUGUGUUUUGUUUCCCCUCAAGCUGUGAACGCUAGCGGAUAUUUCACUUAAAGUGCAUCUGCCAUUGCAAUUAACACAAUCAUCCGAGCCAUGGCAAAGCCGGCGAAAAAAGGGAAGAGUGUAAAUGAUUAUAAGUCGCUUCUAGUCAUCAGUGUUUCGCUUUGUGUGUGUUGCUUGUUUUCGUUGCGCGGAACUUAGAACUUGUUCAUUUUCUGUACAUUUGAAUAGCACUCUUUCGAUUUGCCUUUUAGUUGCCAUUCGUAUUUGCUCUCGUGCGCAUCGGCUCUGUUUUGAUGCAACAAGCUCCUAGCUUUGUUGACGGUUUUGACCGAAAGUCGAGAAACGAUUUUUCAUAAACGAUCAUUCUCGCGAUGUUUCACUUUCAUCGAUGCAACUGUGUGCAUCUGUUAGAGGCGUGUUUGAUGCUUGUUGAAUGGCGAUGCACGGAAGAUGCCUCUCGUUAAAUACUCAGUACAAUGCGUGCAUUGAUAUAAAGAAAAAAAUUGCGACAUAUGACCAAUUAGUGUAUUGUUCUCCCAAAGGCAAGAAAGAGUCGUUGCUUCUCGAAAUGAUUCUACAAAACAGCGCAAGACAUUAAACCUUUUCAGGGUCCCUGGAACUUUUUACUUAUUUAUUUAUGAAAUUUCGACAUAUUCGCAAAUAAUAUCCGAAAUGAUAAACCAUCAAAUUUAAAAAAAAAAGAUUGCGUAGUCCUACGUCCUAAGCGGUCGUGUCUCGGACACAACCGCUUGAAUUUUUUUUUCAAAAAUAAAUGCUUUAUUCUGCAAAAAUGGUUACAAAUUAAAUAUUCAAAGUAUUGCCCAUCGCUAGUCACAACUUUUUUCCAUCUUUCUGGCAAUUCACGGACUCCUUUGCGGAAAUAAUCGGCCGAUUUGUCGGCUAACCACGAAUCGAUCCAAUUUUUGACUUCAUCAAAAUUGGAGAAGUGCUGGUCAACCAGGCCAUGUUGCAUUGAUCGAAAAAGGUAGUAGUCGGACGGAGCAAUGUCUGGAUACGGCGGGUGGGAUAGGACCUCCCAUUUCAGGGUUUCCAAGUAUGUUUUGACCGGUUUCGCGACAUGCGGUUCUCGCGGUAUAAACCUUCCUUGGGUGAAAAUGAACACAACAAAACACACAGCUGAAACCAAACGACUCGUUCUCGAGCGGGAACACACCUUGGUUUUUAUUUAUGAAAAUUGGAAUAAAUCGUUUGAUAUAUCAAGUUAUUUUCAACACAACUGCUACCAUAUACAAUUUUACACUUACACUUGUAUUAAAUUUUUCACAAUACACGAUCGGUCAUUGAUAUGAAAUUUCACCAAGCAACCAACGUUAAAGUUCCAAAUUUAAAUUUUAUUUGUUAGAAUUAUUCGUAUCACUCACCUUACUUGUAAUACAAAAAUGCCCCCGACUUGCAUAUAUUUGCAAUGCUGAUUUUCCCAGGCAGCUUGGUUUAGAUGUCUCUGUUAGGGACCCGCCGCAUGUGUCAUCAAUUUCGUACAAUCGGAAGUGGGUAUUUCCGUUAGGAUAGGGGUUGAUAUUUUUCAAUUUUUCGAUGGUUAGUUUCAAGACAUAUAUCAUUUUCUUCCAUAUAACAAAUUGUUGUAGAGUGCCGAAAUCGAUUGACGCAAAAAUUUCAUCAAUCCAUCAUGAAAUGACUGAGCAAUAAGCGGUUGAAAUUGGACAAUUUUCACGAUCUACUCGAUUUUCGACUUUUAAUUUGUACCCUAAUAUGUUCCCGAAAGACGUAAUCCUACGUCAAAAUCCUUUCUUUUAUGCUGUUGGAGCAGUUUUUCGCAAUUUAUGCGGCACCCAAUCUGUUCCGCUAUCUUUCGGAUCAUUCCCAUUGCUUUUAAACGAUCGGAUAUGGUUUGCUGAGCUACUCUAAGUGUAUCUGCAAGUUCCUGUUGCGUUUGUGAUGGAUUUUGAUCGAGUAAAGCCUCCAAUUCUUUAUCUUCAAACUUUUUGGCGGUCCGGAACGUUCUUCGUCAUCCAAGUCAAAAUUACCACUUUUAAACCGUGCAACACGGUUUAAAAGUGGCAACACGUUCGCUCAGUUGAAGCAUGGACUUUCCGCAGCUUUUUUCUUCAUAUUAAAGUAAUGAAGUAACACUCCCCGCAAAAACACUCUCGUUGGCACGAAAAUCGACAUAUUCGAAGUUGCAAAAAACUAUGUUGUUUACGCUUCAACUUUUUGACAUAUACUGAAAAAGACGCGCAAUGACAGUAGCUUUCCAAUGAAUGUGUGUAAAUUUGAUUCACUGGAAUAAUAAUCAAGUUACGCCAUCUGUUGUAAAACCGAAGAAACUUACCGGUACGCCUAAUACGUGAAUUACUUGUUUCCUAAACUAAGUCAUUGUGAUUAAUGAACUGUGUACGCCUAUUACAUCAGGCAGCUAGCACUUGGGGUUGCUAUCGAGAUACUCACUGAUUAGAACUGGUUGCGGAUAGUUUGAUCAAGGCUGGUUCCAUCAGGUACCUUCCACAGUGUAUGGAAGUAACCUGGGACCAAUUUAACUAAGGCUCGGUAAAUCGAUUCCGCCAGCGCUCGCGAGAUCCUCGUAGCAAACCCACGAAAACUUAUUUCUAAUCAUAUUAGAACACAUUUGAAAAUAUUGUUGUACACAAAAGCAAAUCAAUCUCGGUGUGUGUUUCAUUAUCACGAAUAAUGGAAUAAAAAUGAUUAAUCAUUCGCCCGUCAAACUAUGUCACAAUUUACCAUUGUUUAAACUCAUCGGUAAAAAAAAGGUUCCAUUCUGUCAUAACUAAAAAAAACACUACGAAUAUUUACGUUAGUGGAAUAAUACGGGAGAAAAGUGUAAUAUAUACCAGUCAUUUUGAGGGAUGAAAAAUUCGAUAAGAAUCUGUAUAAAUAAACAACGUGAUAUUUUCGCUGUAGAGUAAACAAAUAUGAAAAAAACCACAAUCGUAUAUAUUGUUGUCAUAUUCUUUUUAGUAACCAUAUUAUCGGGGAAAAGAAGAAAAUAAAUGGCUUAACACUGUAUUGUCUUGUUCUACCAAUAUCCCCAAAACAAAACAAAGUUCCAAAGUUUGCCUCUGCCGUUGAGACUAAUAUUUCAAAAUGUAAACACUUUGAACUCAUAUCCGAUUACAAUUAAACUAUGAUAUUAAGAGAGAAUUUAGCGCUGAUCUAAGGUGAUUUUGUUGAUGAAAGUAGUUUAGUAGUGCUAGACCGACUAGAUAGGAUUGAAAUAUAAAUAUUACCACUGACGAGAUCAUCAAGCAACAAAACAAUUUAACAACUCGUAGCAUUAAGAUACCGGCAGUUGUACUUAUCAUGAGCAAAAACAAGAAGAAAAAAAACUGUAACGCAUAUAACAAAAGUGAAAGUAUACAAGGAAUAUAUAUUAAAACAGAAGCUUACAAAAGACGCAUUUAAAAAUAUUGACAUGUAGAAACAUGUAGAAGCACGGGGAGGAAAUAUCUGAGGCGAAUUCUUCGCUCUGUGGCCAUAAGCACCCUGGCGAAAAGGUGAUACAGUGUAUAAUUUAUCCAAAACAAUAAACAACCAUACAUUCAAGCAAACUAAUAAGAAUAACUAUAAUCCAAGCUGCGUAUGUAUUAAGUAAGAGGCAGGGGGCAAACUUUGGGUCUUGGGCUUUCCGUCACAACAGCAGCAGCACGCGGAAGGUGGUAAAUUUUGAUCAGUUUGUGUACAAAGAGAAGGCUCGGAAGAAAAAGGACUCUGUUAGUGUGAAUGUUAGUGAGAAGGGGUGAUUCUAGAGAAAAGGAAAAAAGAAUAGUAAGGAAUUCCGCCAUCUGAGAAAUGUGUAGUUCCGAUAUUUAUAGAUGAGAUAAAUCAGCUCUUUACCGAAACAAUCACAGAACGUUCCAUUUCCUUGAAUGUAGGUGUGUAAAUUUUACUUCCAUUGAGAAUCAAAGCUAAAAUGUUACAAGAAUGUUUACAAGAAUGUUGAAUUGUUCAGUGAUGAGCGCAUAAUAUUGUCGAUAUAUAAUACAAGUCUUGUUUGGUUUCUGAAUGUUUUUUCAGAUGUUCAAAAUUACUCACUGAUUAUUAUUCAUCGUUUUCGUAUCACAGCAGCAAACCAUUUGAUGACUACACGAGCAUCUCAAUUAGUGUGUAAUGAAGAGCAUGGAGUAAAAGUCAGUAAAUUCUAUUUGUAACAAAUUAAACACUCCCAAAGUAGUUCUUCUUGAGGAAAAUGUUUUCAAUGGUGAUGAGUGGAUUCAACUGCCAGCUUGCUUGUGGCGAGUAGGCGCUAUAAAAUGCAACGUUACGAAAUUCUAAUAUAUCCAUCGGAUGUAUAAAUUGCAGUCGAAUUUUGAGAGUGUAAGCAAAAAUGCGCAAAAAUAAGAGAGAAAACAGAAAAGAACCGCAGGACAAUGCCAUGAUCAGUAGGUGUGAAUAUUCGAAUACGACAACACACGACUUAUCUGUUAUCGAUGAGUGCGAAGCAAAAAAGUGAAAUCUGUUCUAAGAGGUGUAUGAAUAAAGAGAUGUAUGAAUAAGUAAAA